AUGAACUUUAUCCUUGGAAAUGCAUUAACAGACAAUGCAAUUAUUACUGCAUUUGAUGUAGAUGACUAAGUAUUAAUAGUUUCCUUUCAGAGCAAUUUGAAAAAUUCAAAUCCUGAGAAUGAAGUUUACAUCAUGUCUUAUGAUCUUUAAGAGAAAAAGGCACUUUGGACUAAAAGAAAAUCAUAAGAUAGGAAUAUCAUAGAAUCUGUUAAAAUAAUGCCUUUCGGUAACAAAAUUAUUGCCUUUGACUAAAAUAAGACAUUGCUUUAUAUUGAUAUGAAGAGUGGUUCAUAUGAGGCAGAAUUUAAGAUAGUAUACGCACCGAAUAAUAAAUUUGUAAUGAUUUAUGACAAAUUCGGUACAGCAUAUUUAGCAUCAAAUGGUACUGGAUAAUCCAAACCCUUUAUCCAUAUUCUUUCAUUUGAUAUGUAACCUCCAUUGGUCUCUUUUUAAUAACUAAUAAAUACUGGUGGAGAUGUUGGUAACAACAUUCAAAGCAUUUGUAUUAGUGAUGAUGACAAAUAUGUUUAUUCGAGUAUCUCUGCUAAUUAUCAAGGCUUGAUGGCUUAAUAAAUCUCAAGCACUGAUGGUUUAAUUGGUCUCACUGUAUUAGAUUUAGUGACAGCAAAACUAACUCUGUAUUAUCAAGUCUCAUUUAAGUACACAGCAUUAUAAGAUUAUCCAUACUCAUAUGCUGACUAUAAUUCUGUCUCUAUUAAGUCUAACAAUAAGAUAUAUAUGUCUGGUUUGAUUUAUCAGGAAAGUGGUUUUAAUCCUUAAGGGUUUAUUAAUGAAUAUUUAAUUGACCCAACUUGCAAUUAUUAAUAGCCUUAUGGGCCAAUCUAGACUUUUAGUAUAACAGAACUAGAUUUAUUUGUUCGUAUUGAGAGUAAUAAUUAUUAUACUCUUUAACUAUCAAACACUAAGAACACCACUGCAAUACAAUAAUUUGUAUAACUAGAAAAAGCAGAAUAUAUUAAUGUUUAUAACAACAAUAAACCUUGCUAAUUUCAAUAUAAGAAUUCAGGAGGAUUUAGUUCGUUUUUAGAAACUCCUACUUCAAUAUAAGAACCAGUAUUUUGUUUCACAGACCUUAAUUGUGGAAUAUUCCUUGGAGUAUAUAAACUCAUGAUGCCUUGCAGCAAUCUGAAUACUACAUUAAUUAUGAACUUGUUUAAUAGUUAAAAAAAUGGGUUGUGGUUUCAUGAUAAGAAGUAUUCAAAAAAGAGUUUAAGUACUCUGGUAAAUAUUACUUUCAAUGGAACUUCUUAGCAUUAAUAGUAAGAUGGAAUAAUGCAGAAAUACUAGAAUAUAGUUUAGCUUGGGUCAUAAGAGGAUCUUAUUCUGAGUUCAAGUCUUGAAGUCACGAUUCAUGUAUACUGGAAAUGUGAAAUAGCUAUUAUUAAUAGUACUGCUCCAUAGAUUAUCUAUUUAUCAAGAAAUAAGGGAUUUACAGACGCUGAGAUGAAUCUGUUCCAAUUUAUAUACAAUAAUGAUUGCUUUAACUUUGAUAUUGUCAAAGCAUUUGAAGAUGACAAAUAAUUUGGAGAAUUAGAGUAAAGCUAUUACAGUUAAUGGGCUAUGAUAAAUAACAUUCAAAAAAAUAUCCUAACUAUAAAUACAUCUGAGAAAUUAACAAGAACGAAAUAUAUUUUCAAAAUAAGAGCACUUAACUAAAACAAUACAUUAGUUAUUUCAGAAGGAGUGUAGAGACUUGAUCUUUACUUUGAUCCUGAAAGAGAUAUAGAUUCUCCUCCUUACUUUAUGUCGUUUAUUCCAAAGAUUAUUACUGCACCAGGAGAAAUAAUCACCUUCAGCAUCCCUUAAAUAAGAGACAAUUAAUUUGAUAAUUUUACUUUGAUUAUUGACUAUGGUGCUUCCUUUUUGUUUGUCCGCUUUAAGGAUGAUUUAAUGAGAAUUGAACCUGAUGAUAAGCAUUCAGGAUGUUACCAAGGAUACGAUGGUAAUAAGACUUUUCUUCCAAGAUUUUACUUAAGUCUCAAAAUUUCAAGUAAGAUUGAUAUCAAUAUUAUCAUGUCACAGGAUUAAGACAUAUUAAGUGUGAAGUUUAAGGACAUGGCAUUAUUCUAUGAAAGACAUACUAAUAGAUUCACACCAAAUUAUGUCAUGUACAAAGGAGUUCCUACUUAAAUAUCAGAAGAUCUAGCAUAAUUUCUCUCCUAAUAUGGAUAUGGCUUCAAACUAACCUCAAAUACUGUAUUGGGCACUAACCUGAUUGCUACUCUAUUAAUCACUUAUGGAGUGCUAUAAACUCAUUUCAACUACUUUCUCAUCUUCCAAUGA